AUGGACGUCUUUCUGGGGAAAGUGACCCAGCAGGCUAUGAAUUAUGCCAUCCGUUCGGGCGUCACCAUCACAGCCUCCUACGCGAUCAGGCAAUCAGCCAAACUUCUCAACAGCACCCCGAAAAGCAACGUCCGGGACGAAUUGUACGGCUUGCAACAACGACUUCAGCAUAAAAUCCGCAUCGUCUCCCCAGCGAUUGACAUGAUCGAGCUGAUUGCAGCUCGAGGAAACACGUCUCUGGAAUCCGCUGUCGCCCUCACCAAGGAACUGCGUCUGGAGAUACAGUCUUUGGGACAACGAUUAGCCAAAGCAGCGGAGGCUUCUGAACAAGCUGCUAGGAAGAACAGCAAACUCAGCAGCCAGGCGAGACUUCAAAACGAAGCAGAGUUGACUUUGAUAGUCAAGGACAUCAAAAAGCUACUGGAGAGGAUUGAAGAUGCCGUCCCUCUGAUCAAUCUCGCCAUCACCACUUCAGGCGCAAGCCUGUCAACUUCACUACCUCAAUCUGUGUCCCCCUCACGACUUCUGCAAGCCAGCACUUUCCUCACAGCAGGCGACACUCAGUACUCCAUCUCUCCAAGCCAGGCCGUGCAAAUCGGACCCACUUUCACUCUUACCGUUUACAUGUUAUUCGCUGGCCAUGACCGACCCCAGAAUGAGGAAGAGAUCCGAGAGACAACUUGGAAGGAGGUCAUUCACAAAGCAAGAGUCAAGUUACGGCGGGUCCCCCUUGACGUCGUGCUCGGGACAGGAUCCGGAUCCGAUGCCAUUCCUUCUGCAGAGAUCUCUUCUUCCCAAGCAGUCCCAAACACAGAGACGAACUUGCCUGACUCAGCACCAAGUAUCCGCGCAGAUGCGCGAGCCGACGAGUACGCAUACCAAAUGGUGAUCAUUGAAGAUUUUGAUGACGACCGCGUUCACGACUUUGAAGACGAUCAGGCGCGCCCGGGUCCGUUUGACGACGUCAGACUCGCCGGAAUCCGGGAGAUUAUCCCUGUGCACGAGAUAUCCAAGAUCUUCUACGCGGAUACAAGCAAAGUUUUGAACAUCGGGACUGACGCAGAGAGCAAUCACCCGGUGUUAUUGUUAAAGAGAGACAUGAACGCCAUCCCUCCGAGGCGAAUGGUCGAGAGAGACGGGCCGCUAGGAAUUGGAGAAGCCGACCAAGAUGGUGGCGAGCAAGAUCCGGACCUGGUCAUAGCUAUGCGAGAGAGUUUGCAGCAGCAGCAAUAUGUCGAAGACCAUGUCGAUGAUCCCUGGUGUUUUCCACCAUCACUCGACCCGGAAUGGAUCGCGUUUGAGGUGUACGCGGAAUCCGAACCAAGCGACACUGAAUCCGACAUUGAAGGAGAUUCCACGACGGUUAAUAACAACGGUACCAAGGACGACGACUACCCGCCUCAACUCACCGACGCAAUGGCAAACAUGCACAUCGCGUCCGCAUCGCCAGCGCAGCCUCCACCACCACCACCACCACCACCACCACCACCACCACCACAAUCCAGCGCUCCACCCUGGGCCAAUUCGAUCCGGACCUCCUUAUCGCUACUUGAACUCCUUUUGCGGCUCACAUCGCUGCAACAGUUCCAGCAACAGUCGCACCUCUCGAUUACUGACGAACUUCUCACGUUCUUCUUGGAAGAGAGCGCGUCGACCGGUGCAGGAGGCGACGAGAAGUAUCGGCAGGCGCUGAGGGCCGACGCGAGGCGGAGAGUCGGGUGGGAUCCGUACGAUGAGAGUCCAGUCAAGAGGAGGGGCGAAGAGUACCAGUAUCAGAGUGGUGGGUACUACGAGGAGGGAAGUACGAGUCUGAGGAGUCCGCCCAGCGGCGCGAAUGCGAGCCCUGGAGAUGAUGGCCGAUGGGUGAUGAGUCCGCCGAGAAGCGCAGGUGAAAAGGUCAAUGGGCCUCGACAGGUCACAGGGAUGUCGCCCAGCCCGUCGCCAAUACAAACCCCUGGGAAGUCGGGGAGGGCCGCGUGGUUGAGGAGAGCUGGCGGCGGUGACGGAAGUAGGAGAGCGAGUCCACUCCGGCCGCAGACCGCAAUCACGGACGAGGGGAUCGGGACGAGUCCUGCAAGUGCAGCGAUGAACAACGCUUGA